AUGUUAAUUUGGUUAUUAAUUUUGAUUUACCAACUGAUCAAUUUGGAACAUCAGAAGAUAUUUACAAUCACAGAGUUGGGAGAACAGGUAGGUUUAAUAGACCAGGUUUUAUAA